AUGGAUGGGUACGUAUCUCAUAUGUGGCUGUGUGUUCAUUUCUUGGUUGCUGAAGCAUCAGACUCAUCCGAAACAGACAUGACCGGAAAGCUCGACUCUGAUACAAAACGCCGUCGAGUCCAAGACAUCGGAUCAAGCAUUGUACGUAGCGCUUCAGUAUUAGCUCGAACGCUUCGCAACAGUGAGGAGAAGAAAGAGAAGCGACACCGCGAUCUAAUGGAGCUCGAAGAACGCAGACUUCACAUCCAAGAAACACACAACGAAGUGAACCAGCAAGGAAUUGCCAGUCUCAUAGCAGCAGUAAACAACCUUUCGGGUGCCAUUAAGUCCCUCAUUUCGGACCAGCAAGACAGCAAAUGA